AUGUCCUCCAUGAUCUUACUCAUUCUCUUGUCAGUGUUUAUUGGGUCAGACAUGGCUCAGGAGAAUCACAUCCAGGAAUCAAUUGCACCCAUCAGUGUGAUCAGUGAGAGAAGAGCCCUGAGGCUGGGUCUCCUACACAGAGCUGUGUCUACAACCUCCCCAAGAGGAACCUCAGCCUCUCUGAUGCUGGGACUUACUACUGUGCUGUGGCCUCAUGUGGGGAGAUACUGUUCGGGAACGGUACCAAGCUGGACAUCAUGGGUAGGUGAUACAUCUUACAUUUUUGUUUAUAUCUAUUGGAUACUUUACUGUGUAAAACUGUACACAGUAUUAGUUAUUUAGAUCACAUUAGAAAAUGUGCAAUCAUCCAUAUAGUUACUAUACUUCUAUCCCCAUGUUUAUUUUCACAGACAAUGGCGCAGACCCUCUUCUCUUGGUGUACUGCAUUGGAGUAGCAUUGUCUCUCUCUCUAAUCCUGUUUCUUGUCCUGACUUGCAUCAUUUACAAGAUGAACAAGAGUGCAUGUAUGCAGUGCAGAGGUAAGUGACUUAUUCUUAGAAGUUGCUCUUCUUUGAUAUCACCAUCUGCAGAUGUAUCAGUAGUGAGGGGUAAGUAGAGGAUCCGGCUCUCAAACAAGAUGUCAAGCCUGUCUUGUCUUUGGAUGCAGGGGUAAGUAGAAUUCCUUAUAUUUUAUAUUACAUAAAAAAUAUGUGAAAAUGGUUCCAUUGAAUAAUAACAAGUAAGUAAUUUUCCCCUCCAUUUUCUAAUUGUUCUUCACAGGCCCACGAUGCAGACAGUCUCCAUUAUGUAGCUCUGAAUCUGAGCAACAAGAAGAACAGGUCUAGAAGACAGAGAAGCAACAUGGAGGAAGAGACGGUGCACUCUGGGAUCAGACAGUAGAACAAUAAAACAGAUGUCAAUUAAAAUGCAUGAGCUCUUAGUUAACUGUAUUAGCUUUGUUAUUGUAACUGUAGCUACUAAUAAAUGAAAUGCAUUGCUUCUCUGCCAUGUCAUAUUGAUUUGCUUGUGAUAAGAUGAAUGAAGUGUUUAACAAUAAUCAAGACAAAGGAAGUUGAAUGUAUUUACUUGGGCCAUACUCUUUAAGUUGUGUCGUUGAAUGUGCUUUCUCUUCUCAUGCCACUAACACCCCCUCACACACAAAGCAACCGAUUUACAGUUACUCUGUGGUCUGUGAUGAACACAAGAUGAGGAUGUCUCUACGCUUUGUUAGGGCCUGCUGUCCUCAGUCAUUCAGAACCCUUGUCUCUCGCUCUGCUGUUUUCACUCUCUCUCUCCCUCUCUAUCUCUCUUUUUAUCUCUCUUUUUCUCUAUUUCUGUGGUUUUCAGCCAGAUGUCUCAGAACUCUUAGUACUGUAUGCUAUACUGCUUCCUAUUCAAAUUGACAAUUUUUGCAACAAUAAACAAACUCUUUUGUUGAGGCAGCUUAUCUAUACCAGGUCAACUGAAAUCUGUGAAAAAACACAAUGAUCUAUGUAUUAGGUAAUUUGACGUAGAGAUUAGUACAGUAUUCUCAAUGAAACAGAAACCCUGUAUCAUGGGAGGGCAUUCUAUCCAUCUAUUCUACUGAGUGUAAAUACUGAAUGAGAGAUCACUAAAAGAAGACUACUGUAUUGUGUUUGCUGUGUUUGUUAUGUGUUUUUCAUAGAUGUUUUUGGUGAGGUGAAGUGACUGUUUGGUGAUAGAAGACCUAGUGGAUAACAAUGUCAUUGCAUGCAUGGUCCAAAAAGUUCACAAAUUUGAGUCUUUUAGACAACAGCAGCUGCAGUGAUAAAGAAUAAGGGAAACCGUACGUCAAAAAGUUGUGCUCUAAACUAUAAGAGUCUACCUGUAGGACAAUUCUGGGACUUUGGGACUCGUGCCUGAAUGAGGCGUCAACAAAAAUGAUUUGGUCUAGUUCGACCAAUCACUUAUAACUCCAUUGUUGAAGGGUGGACUCUUUCCACUCAAGACCCUAGUUGUGAAGAGCUGACAACUUUAAAGAUGAUCACACUGUGUCUGAUAUUUCCACUUCUUGUAGAGAUGGGUAAGUCAAUAUUUUACUUUUCUCUGCUUAUGUGAUGUCCAUACUUGAUUUGGAGACACAAGAUAUCCAAUUAUUGUUCUACAGACACUUUGACAAUCCAAAAUUGUAUUUGAGGUAUGUAACAGCUAAUAUAUUUUCAUUUUAGUUCAUGGGGUAUCUUGGACUGAAUCAUCAUCCAUACAUCAGGAGAGUGUUCUCAUGUCAGCCAAAAUUGGAGACACUGUGAUUUUGCAUUGCUUCCAUGAAGGCGACGUGGGAAUAAUGUUCUCCUGGUACAAGCAAACCUUUCGAAAUAUUCCUCAGCUCAUCUCAACCAUCUAUAAGUAUCAGAGGAAUGCAACAUUUUACCAUGAGUUUAAGGAUAACCCUCACUUCUCAGUGGAAGGUGGACAAGGAAAGAAUCACCUAAGGAUCUCAGACACGCAACUCUCUGAUUCAGGCAAAUAUUAUUGUGGAAGUGCUAAUGGAAUCAAGUUGGAGUUUGGACAAGGAGUCAAUCUUAUCAUAAAAGGUAAAGGGAACGUUUUUACUAUGAUUAAUUGUUUGUAAAUAUGAAUUCACAGAUAUACAGUGUAAAUAUGAAAUAUUAUCUUAAUCAGAUGUAAUCUUGAAUUAAUACAUUUUGAUUUACAACACUUGCUACAGUGAUAUUCUAAAGAGAUUACAUCUAUUUAAUGGCCUUCUUGUCAGGUUCAGGGUCCAGAAAUAUGUCUAUUCUCCAACAGUCUGUGUCUGAGUCAGUCCAGCCAGGAGACUCUGUGACUCUGAACUGUACAAUACACACUGAGACCUGUGCAGGAGAACAUAGUGUCUAUUGGUUCAGACAUAGCUCAGGAGAUUCCCGUCCAGGAAUCAUUUACACCUAUGGAGACAGGAGUGAUCCGUGUCAGAAGAGCCCUGAGGCUGGGUCUCCUACACAGAGCUGUGUCUACAACCUCCCCAAGAGGAACCUCAGCCUCUCUGAUGCUGGGACUUACUACUGUGCUGUGGCCUCAUGUGGGGAGAUACUGUUCGGGAACGGUACCAAGCUGGACAUUGAGGGUAGGUUAAAUAGCUGUCAUUGUUCUUUAUAUCUACUCUAUAGUCUACUGUGUAGAACAUACAUUUACUUGCUAUUCUGAGUUUCUUCUAUUGCUGUUUGAAUUUCAACAGGCGAGAGUGCAGACCCUCUUCUCUUGGUGUACUGCCUGGCCGUAGCAUUGGCUCUAGCGUUCAUCUUGAUCAUUGUUCUUGCUUGCAUAAUUUACAAGAUGAAGAAGACAACAUGUCUGCAGUGCAGUGGUAAGUGAUUAAAAGUUGCUAUUCUUUGAUGUCACCAUCUCUAGAUGUAGCAAAAGUGGAAGACAUGGCAGUAUCUCUAGUGUUUUGUGUCUUUGUUCUCAGAACUGGUGUCUCAGACAAGAGGUCCUACAGUUUCCCUGUCAGAUGCAGGGGUAUGCAGAAAUCCUUAUGAGUUGCAUGUCUUAUACAAAUACAACAUUAUCAGAUUUGGCUUGCAUUACCAAAUUGUGCAAAAAGUAAUACAUUUCAUGUCAACAAAACUAUUUUGUUAUUCACAGAGCCAAGAUGCAGACAGUCUCCAUUACGUAGCUCUGACUCUGAGCAACAAGAAGAACAGGUCUAGUAGACAGAGAAGCAACAUGGAGGAAGAUACAGUGGUCAUGUACUCUGGAAUUAGACAGUAGAACUGGUUGAAUGAAACAAUUUCCCCUUCAUACUAGAUAGCUCUGUUUAACUAGCUCUUGCUUCAUUUGUUCUUUUUUUAUUGGAUAUGCAAUUUUUUUUUAUGAAAACAGUGGUCAAAGGUUAUUUUACAAAUGUAAUACAAAGUAGAAAUAAUUUCAUGCAUUGCUUCUCUGUCAGACUAAUUUUACAUUUGGUUUGCAUAUGUCAAGAAAAAUAAACAAUUUCCAACUGUUAAACCAAAUUAAUUUGAAUAAGUUAAACUCAAUGAAUUCUGUUCACACACCUCUGUGGUCAUAGUGGAGGGUGUUACAGUGUCUUUCAACUAUUGGAAACAAACCUUUCAUAGACCUUUAACACAUGAAGACUGACCUGCAGCAACACACUGCAAUCUACUUUCCCUCUCAGGGCCAAAGUACUGUUCACACCUGUUAGUGCAACAUUGGUCUCUACACACGAUGCUUACAAUGUAAAGGUCAAUGUCUUCUCAUUUAUGUUAAGUCAGUUAGUCCCUUGCAUCAUUUUACAGUAAAUAAAGGAGGCCUCUUUCAACAUAAUUACUCAUAGUGAAAGUGGCACAACAGCCACCACCACAGAAGGAGGACAGGCCAUACUCAGGCAUCAUGCAGUUGUAGUGGAGGAGGUUUCUUCUUUGUUUUCUCUUUAAGACAUAGGCCUACUGAUUGCAUGACACACACCCCCUCACAUACACAGCAACGUAUUUAAAUGUACUCUGAUGUCUGUUAUGAACAAAACAUGAGGCUGUACUUAUCUACACUUUGUUAUGGCCUAUUGGCCUUCUACACAGGACCCUCUCAGUCUCUCUCUCUCUCUCUCUCUCUCUCUCUGUCUCUCUCUCUCUCUCUCUCUCUCUCUCUGUCUCUCUCUCUCUGUGUGGUUUCAGCAGGAUGUCUCAGUGGUAUCAGUUAGUUGUAUGACAUACUCUUUUGCUCUUCAUGUUGCCCUUUUUAUCAACAAUAUAACACUAUUUUUAUGAGGCAGAUAGUUAUAUGUACACAGUCUACUGAAAUCUGUGAAAAAACACAGUUAACUAUUUAUUAGGUCAUUUGACCUAGAGAUCUAAAGUCCUCAGUGAAAUACAAAUGAUCAUUAUCAUAAUCUGGGCCAAGAAGAAAGAGCCUUCUUCUAUUUAUAUAAUGGGAGGGCUUUUAUUCGUCCAUACAUUAGAGAAUAAAUAGUAUAUGAGAUUCUUCUGGUUAAGCAACAACGUUUCCUGUUUCUCUGUGUUAUGAAGUGAAUGUGUAGUAGUCAUAGAGGCCCUAGAGGAUGACAGGGUCAAGACAUGUGGCCAACCAGGUCCCAACUACUGUAUGACUCCCUUGGACCAUAAUGGCAAGACAAACAUUAAGUAAAGGGAUCCAUUUACACUUGCUGUUGUGCCUCUUACUUUGGGUGGACAAGCCCUCUGUUGGCCUGCUGCAGUACAUAGUAUUGUAGACAGCAUGAGCUGUAGUUAGACCUAAUAAAGGAUAUAUCCACAGUAGUCACAUUGUUUAAAAAAUACAUCUGAACAUCCACAUAUUCAAACUUGCUAUGUGAUAAAGUUGUGCAACACAGAAUCAAGCUGUACAACAACAUGAAAGGACAGUGUGUGUUCCAUUCAUGGCCUACUGGGCGGCCUAUCGAGUGUUCAGCCAAUCAAAUCUGACCAUCAAAAUCAGACGUUACCUGAGAUCAACCAACGAAUGCAAACGCAAGUUUCCUUUCUAUAGAGACUGCAUUUUACAGGUCAAUCUUGUUCCGUGAAGGAGCAAAAAAUAUGAAUAAGCUCCUCCUUUCUUUGAUCUGGAAAGCAUGGAAGUAACAUCUAGCUCAACUGAGUAAUGUUAUACAUGUUUACUAUACAUUUAAAGUGCUUACUAUAGGCGUUUGGUAAAUGUUUUAAAUGUAGUAAAUAUAGUGUUAUUGUUCAGCCUACUUCUUCCCAGAAAGCACAGCUUGGAAGCAAUGUGACUAUUGAAUGCCACAUGACCAGUGAGACCAUAAACUACAUGGCAUGA